AUUGUUUUUACUGUACAGAACAUGGGCUACAGCAUGGAACAAUGAAUGAGGAACCAGUAGAUAAAACAGAGGAACCAGAGAUGCCAGUUACUGAAGAGAAGCAAACAAAAAUAGUGGUCAGCAACCUGCCUUCAAGUGUUCAUGACGAAUAUUUGGAAAUGUUUUUUGAGAACACAAGAAAGGGUGGUGGUGGUCCUGUGUUCCAUGUUGACAUUGAUGAAGAGAAUGGUACAGCUAUUGUGGAGUUUGAGGAACCAGAAGCUGUCGAUAUUGUCUUAAACAAAUGUCCAAUAAAGAUGAUGGGACAAGAAGUUGAAGUGACAGUUUACAAGCCAGAGCCUCCUGUUCCGCGGUGUACUAUCGAAGUGACUGGUCCAUGUAGUAUCGUGUGUGAGAAACAGCUUGAGACCUUGGAAAUGUACUUUGAAAAUUUUAGACGGUCAGGUGGUGGUGAAGUAGUUGAAUGCAGAUUUGAUGAAGAAAAUAAUAUGGUCCUUGUAACAUUUGAGAAUGAAGAAGUGGCACUUAGGGUUGAAGAAAGAGUGGGUCAUGUUAUAAAAAAAGAAAAACUCAAUGUUGCACUACAUGUUCCUACCAAACAGUCCAAAAAGUCAGAUAAAGUGAAGAAAGAAGAUAAAGAAGAUGAACCUGAACCAACAAAAACAAUCAAAGUGAAAGGUGUUGACAAAUCUGCAUCUAGAGAUACAGUUGAAUUUUACUUUGAGAAUUCAAGACGGUCUGGAGGUGGUGAAAUUGAGAACAUCAGCAGUGAUGAAGAAGAAGAGGAUGUUAUAUAUAUUACAUUUAAAAACCGAAAAGAUGCAGAAAGCAUUGUCAGGAAAGGCCAUCACCAAGUUGAAGGUAAAGAGUUGAGUGUUUCUCUGUAUACACCACCUAUACCACCACCAUCUUAUGAGAACAAGAUUGUGAUCAAAGGGUUAAAGCCAACUACAACUCAAGACUGUUUGUUCAACUUCAUAGAGGCAAAAUCAGGAUGUAUUCCAGAGACCAUAGACUAUCAUGCAGAACAAGAAGAUGUUGUCAUGGUUACCUUUUCUGAAAAUCCAGAUUUCCAGAAACUGGAGGACGUAUUUAGAAGAACCAAAUUGGAAGAAGCUUCAUUGAAAUUGUACCCUGUUCCAGUAUCCAGCUGUAUAAUUGUUGCUAACUUGGCGUCCGAAGUAACCAAGGACACUAUUGAGUUCUAUUUUGAAAACACUCGAAAAAGCGGUGGCGGGCAAGUUGAGAAGGUGGUGAUGAAUGAAGAUGACACAUGCAUUGUAUACUUUGCAGAUUAUACAAUUAUUGAAAAGGUUUUAGAAAGGACACACACUUUAGGUGGACAAAAGUUAGAUGUGAAACGAUACCAGGAAUGCCUUGGCAGACCAGAAGGAGAAAUAGCUGAACGUAUUUUACAUGUACCAGAAGACUUUGUGCUAAAGGAUGUUGAUCCUCAAAAAAUAAAAUUCAUGAAACAUUCCAGCGCAAAUCGUUCAGCUUUAGAAGCACAGCUGGACACUGUUUACACGAAGAUAUGUUGGCCUGAUGAAACUGGACAUGUUGUAUUGACAUGUACAAUAACAAAAGAAGUGAAGGACUGUUUCAAAUUAGUAAAGCAAUGGAAUGAGACAGCAGAGCAGAACUUUCGUGACUUCAUGAAGAAUAUUAUUGUUAACAAAGUGCCAGUGCUGCAGGAUAUUUGGUCUAAAGUAAUGGAAGAACUAAAAACUGUCACAAUAAAUAAUCCAGAAGCUGUUGCUAUAUUUGUAGAUAAAAAUGAGUGUGUUAUAACAGCUGUAGGGAACAAACAUGUUACUGAAAGUCUUUCAAAGAAGGUUGAUGACAUCACAAAAAAAGUCAUGGAAGAAGUGGAGAAGGAACGUGAAAAAAUUAAAGAAGUUUUGACAACAUUGAAGUUAAUUGAAACAAAAAUGCUUUUAGCUGACAAAUUUCCCACAGAAAUGGAGAAAAUAUUCCCUGACCUAAAGGUAAAAAUAAACCAAAACAAAAAUGAGAUUGUUUUUGAAGGGCCAUUAGGGCAGGUACGUGAUGCAAAAUUGAAGAUGUAUGAAAUGAAAAGCAGAUUUGCAGCUGCUAGUAUUGACAAAAUAUCCGAUCUAGCAGCUGGGAUGUUCCUUUUGAAACAGACAAAAGAACACAUAGUUAAAAAAUUAAAAGCUAGUCAUCUCACAGCAGUGUGGGAUAUCAUAGACGGAGGCUUGGUUGUAUACAGCACAUCUGAUGAACAAAUUCAACAUUGUUUGAGUGUAAUACGUGAGUCAGUCAUUGAAAACACUAUUGCUCUUAAAAAAGCUUCCAAAACAGUGGUGAACUCAGAAGGUUGGCAAACUAAAGUUGAUGAAUUACAUGCUCACCAUACUGGAAAAAGCUACAUAAAAGUACCAGAGGAUGCUAGUAAAGUUCAGAUUUGUGCUACAGAUGAUAUAUCAAAUGAAAUAGUAGAUAGUGUGAAAAAGUUCCUUCGUUUGAACACUGUGACAGAAGUAAAAGUCACAUGUACCAAGAAUGUCCAUCGUCUGAUUGAAAGGCAUCAUAAAACCGAACUUCAAAAUACUGCAAAACGUUUACAGCACAGUCAUGUACAGAUAGUGUCAAUACCAGGAUAUGGAGGAUUUGAAGUCCAUGGAACGGAAGAUGGUAUCCAAGAAGCAAGAUCAGAUCUGUUGGCAUUAUUAAAAAGAGUACAACAACGUGAACAUAUCUUGAGCAAACCUGGGUUAGCUGAGCACAUGCAAACCCCGAAAGGAAAAGACAACCUUAAUACAAUAGAAAGUACACUGGCAUGUGUGGUGUCUGUGAAGGGUGAUGAUUAUGCUGAGGAAAUUAUUGAUGAUCCCUAUGAUGCAAUUCCAGCAGACAGUGAGGUGAAUGAAAAUAUUGGAAUUAAAGGACUGAAAAUCAUAGGUUAUUGUAAGGCAUAUGAUUGUAGGAAUAUAUAUACAGCAGAGGGUGACAUGACAGAACUGACUGUUGGUAUGAUUGUAAACUCAGCUGAUGACAAACUCAGUUUAACUGGAGGACUUGGAAAAGCUCUUGUACAAAAAGGUGGCAAAGAAAUACAAAAGGAAUGUACUGACUACAUAAAUGAUGAAGGCAGACUUGAUGACGGUGAUGCAUUUGUUAGUACUGCAGGAAAGUUAAAGGCAGAUUUUAUCGUACAUGUAAGGGGACCGGUUUGGAAGGGAGGCAUGAAGAAGGAAGAUGAGAUGUUGACAGAAGCUGUCUUUAAGUGUCUUCAGCAAGCUUCUGCAAGAAGUCUCACAUCAGUUGCUAUGCCAGCUAUAAGUUGUGGUACAUACGG